GCAGUAUAUGACCCCAUGGGGGGUCUAUAUAUUCCUAGGCCGAUCGUAGAGGUCGCCCCGUCGACUCGCGGGAGGCUGGACUACGUAACCAUACGUGAUACACCUCCUGUACCACCCAUGGCGGACGGCAAGGUAGCUUGCAAGCACCUCGUCCUGGUCCACGGCGCGUGCAUCGGCGGCUGGACCUAUUUCAAGGUGGCGACGCGGCUCCGGUCGGCCGGGUACCGCGUCACCGCGCCGGACCUCGGCGCGUCGGGCGUCGACCCGCGGCCGCUGCGCGAGGUGCCGACGUUCCGCGACUACACCGCGCCGCUGCUGGGCCUCCUCGGCUCCCUCCCUCCAGGGGAGAAGGUGGUCCUCGUCGGCCACAGCCUCGGCGGCAUCAACGUCGCGCUGGCCGCCGAGCUGUUCCCGGACAAGAUCGCCGCCGCCGUGUUCCUCUGCGCCUUCAUGCCGGACCACACGUCCCGGCCGUCGCACGUGCUCGAAAAGUUCAUCGAGGGGAAGUGGCUGGACUGGAUGGACACGGAGUUUAAGCCGCAGGAUGCAGAGGGCAAGCUCCCCACUUCCAUGUUGUUCGGGCCGCAGAUCGCCCAAGAAAGGCUGAUGCAGCUGUGCUCGCCAGAGGACGUCACUCUCGCGGGAUCUCUGCUGAGGGUGAGCUCGAUGUUCGUGGAGGACCUGCAAAAGCAGCAGCCGUUCACCGAGGGGCGCUACGGCUCGGUGCGGAAGGUGUACGUGGUCGUAAACCAGGACCUCGCCAUACCGGAGGGGUUCCAGCGGUGGAUGAUCGGGAACAGCCCGGUGGAUGAGGUGAAGGAGAUCGAUGCGGCGGACCACCUCGUGAUGCUCUCGAGGCCCGACGAGCUGGCGCGGUGCCUCGCCGACAUCGCCGAAAGCUACGCUUGAGCUCGAUGUCAACCUGCUGUUAAUGAAGUCAAUCUGCUGUUAGUGUUACUGCCGUUUUAGCUGUCGCGUUUUGCUGCUGUAGUCUCUUUUGCGUGCCUGCGCUGCGGUGUUCGUCGCAACAUACUGUUGGGAGCUUGGAAUAAUUCGGUCUUCUUUUCCCACCAAAUUUGUUUCGGGACUUCUCUUAUAUUCAGAGAAUUGCAAUAAUGGUAAAUGGUAUAUUAUUUAUUGGGUGUAA